UGGACGAGAUGACGAAAGGGAGAAUUUCGAGAUAAUAUUAACAAAAAUAAAAUAAAACAACAAGUCGUUAGAUUAUCACAUUAAUGUGGGUCUUUGUAUCGUUAGAUGAGGGAUGCUUUAGUAAGUUUCUGCAUGUCUUGCCAUGAUAUCCCUAACAGGUCCUAAUAAUCUCGUGAAUGCAGGUGCAUCUAAUGCAACGACUUUUAACUGGUUUUCGGCAGUUGAUUGGUUCUCAGAUGCUUUAACAGUUGCUGCUCUUGGUGCUGAAUUCAAUAAAGCUAACUCACCAAAGUAAUCACCUUUCUUGUAUGAUCCUACUUUUUCACCAUUUUUGAUGAUAUCAGCUUCACCUUGUUCGACAAAGUAGAAAGCAUCGCCUGUAUCACCUUGACUGAUAACAACCUCAUUUGGUGAAUAACUACGUGAUUCUAAUGCAUCUGCGAUCUUUGAACGUUCAGAAGGAUGUAACGAUUUCAAUAAAUCAACCUCUGAUAAGAAAUUGUCAUAUAAAUUACGUUUAUUGUAUGUGUGAUUAAGUAAGAUUGAUCUGAAUGUUAGCCUAUCGACCGACCAUAACUCGCUGUCGGAUUUGGCUAGGAUAGAUGCAGCUCUUGGAGCAUUAUACAUCAAAGCUAGCUCACCGAAAGAACCCCCCUUGGUGUAAUCUAAAACAUUUUUUAAUUUAAACUCUUUCGGGCAAGAAGCUGGUGGAGUGACGUCAUUAUCGAAAUCAUUUGAAGUUGCAGGUACUCUAAUGUAAGCGGAGAAUUCACCUGAGUCGACGACAUAGAAAUAAUCUCCGUCAUCACCCUCUUCGAUUACCCACUUCCCUUUAGUAACUUUUAUCUUAUUCAUUGCGUUUAAAACGUCAUCGUAUUGCUCAGUUUGUAAGUUCUUGAAAAGGAAAUUCUUCUUAAGUGAUUCCUGUAAGAAAGCUUUCUGUUGAUCUGACUUGGGGAUGAUAGUUUUUGUUGUGACUUUGUUAGGCUUUAUAGAUUCAGCUGAUACAGACGUUCUCCUAUUGAUGUUAACAGCCGCUUGCAAAUGAUGGAGAUCUCCUAAACCGUCGCCCUCCUCCUCAUGGUGGCUUUCAUCUCCUGGUGCAACUCCAAAAGGUUGAGCGUUUUGGAAUAAAUUAGAACUAUCUGCUAAUAAAUAACUAUUAAUAUAUGGUGGAUUUUUUAUUUUCCCUAAUGACUCACCCAUCUUGAACGCAGACUAUCUUGGACGUAUACAAGAGAGAGAUGACAGCCGGGAAAUCUAUCGGCGUUCUGAGUUUACAAGGCGCUUUUAUAGAACAUAUACACAGACUCAAGCAGUUAACAGACGCCACCGUUCUGCAAGUCAAAACUCCGGAAGAUUUAGAAAAGUGUCAUGCAUUAAUCAUUCCUGGUGGUGAAUCAACUACAAUUUCACUUGUGGCACAAAGAAGUGGUCUUUUAGAGCCCCUUAGAGCAUUCUGUAAUAACCCAAAUAAAGCCGUUUGGGGUACAUGUGCCGGUAUGAUUUUACUCUCAAAGGAAGCAACGAAGACAAUGAGAGGUGGUCAAGAGCUAUUCGGUGGCAUGGAUAUCACAGUAAACAGAAACCAAUACGGUAGCCAGAUUGAAUCUUUUCAAGCAGAUUUACAGUUCAACUGUCUGUCUACGGAUGAAAGUUUUAAUGCAAUCUUCAUCAGAGCGCCUAUUUUACACUCAUAUGAUCAAGACAAAGGAAUUAUAGAAUUAGCUAGUUUAAUAGAUAACCCAAUAGACGACAAACUUGCACCAAAAGGAAAUGUUGUGGCUUUACGUCAAUUCAACAAAAUGUGUACAAGUUUCCACCCAGAAUUAACACAAGACAAGAGAUUACACGAGUACUUUUUGAAGGAAAUUGUAUUCAAGUUAUGAGGAUAUCACUUUUUACCUACGUCCCACUCCCUUGUUGUACCUCUCUUGUUAUAUUGCAUAGACAUUAACGUACUUUCGUUGUCAAUUGAACUGAUUACUUGACUUUUAAUCAUCUCUUUUGUCUCUUCCUUUCGUGCUCUUUUUGCCUCCUUUUUACGCUUCUGAUAUUCCUUUUCUGCGUCUGGACCGAGCAGUUUCGCAAUCUUCGCCUUCUCUCUACCUAGUUUUAUAUUCUCACGCUCACGCUCCUUUCUCUUUUCCUCUUCCCAAAGUUCAGCUUCUCUUUGCUGUUUAAGUUUGUUGCGCUCUCUGACGUUAUCAAGCAUUACAUUCCAACUAUCGAAAUCCUGGUCGGUUGCGUUAUCAGGGAGGUUUAUAUCUGUGGCAGGAUCGUAAUCAGCCUCGAAAUACUUAUCCAUCUUUGAUUCGAAUGGGUUUGGUUGUUUAGAUUUCCCUUUUCUAGAUUUAUGAGUGCUGUCGUCCCUCUUCCUUUUCUUUUUGGUGAAAUCCGCGAACGAUUUGCUAUCAGAAGUACGAUAAUCUUUAUCUAAAGGUUCUGCUAGAGGUAUAGAUGAUGUACUAGCUUUUGGAACCGUUCUAUUGCCCCUAUUAUGCUCAUCUACGUUUCUCAGGGUAUUGAGCAGGAAACGCUGAUUGAUCGGACGAGGCUGUGCAUUAUUAGUGCUACUGCUAUUGCCAGCUAGACUAUCUCUAGUUAAAAUAUCUGCUAAUUCUCUAUCGCCUAAGGGCAUCAUCGUCAUCUAAUAAAAGCGCCGCACGCGCGCGAGAAGGCGAGAGUGAUCUUCAACUUAUCCAAUCAAGAAUGAAAUUGAGGUUCUUGAGUUUUGCAGCUAUUUUAAUAGCUAUAAAUGCUCAGCAUGAGCAUCAACAUAGUACCAAUAUAUCAGCCACUACUAAUACAAGCUCUUCAUCCCCUGAGCACUCAAAUAUGUCUAAUAUGCAACAUACAAUGUCUAGUAUGCCAGGUAUGGAUGAGACUCUUAAUGAAACAGCUAUUUUGAAAGCCCACGGUCCUGAUCCUAUGAGCUUUUAUGACUUCGAUUACGAAAGUGACUCAAACUCAAAACCUGGAUGGAUGAUCCUACACGCUAUCGGGAUGUCAAUAUCAUUUGGUCUUCUAUUACCUAUCGGCUUGGCGUUGAAAGCGUCACACAAUAGUUUAUACGGCAUAAUUAAUUUCACAUUCUUGGUUAGCAUUUCAGUUUCAACUGCCUUCUCUACAAUUUACAAAAAACUUACUCCUGAUUUAUAUAAUCACAGCGCGCACGGUAAAUUAGGAUGGUUUACUUUGUUUUUAAUUGCCGCCUUAUCCGGUUAUGAUAGCUUUAAAUUCCUCCAGAGAACGUUCCAUUGGUACAAGUCAACUUCUCAAAAGACACCUUCUUCCUUCAAAGCUUAUGUCUUAGAAGCCCGCAAUGACGACUAUGAAGAAAGGGAGGACGAAUGGAUCCCUGAUAAUGAUCACGACGCUGUACCACUCUAUGAGACGGCAAAUAUGCACGAUGAUGACCGAGAGGAAGCGGAGUCACCUUCCUCCUCUGGCUCACGUAGAUCAGAAAUGACCCUCCAUGACGAACAACCUGUUCACCUUGGAAAGUCUGUCUACACCAAGCGUAAACUAACCUGGAAAGAGUACCUCUGGUCUUCGGCUCACUACUUGAAGGUCACUCUUGACCGCACAACUUUUGUCUUGGGUUUCGCUGGCUUCACCACAGGUGUCGUCAGCUACAGCGGUAUUUGCCAUGCUACAUACCUUAACGGUUGUUUAGCACAUUUGAUUAAAGGUGGCAUUUUCUUCGGAUACGGCUUACUCACGUUCGCCCGUUUUUGUGGCGCGUACUCAGAUAUUGGUUGGUCAUGGAACCUCAUUCCUAGAAGGAGCUAUGGUACAUGGAAACAAAAUGCAGUUAGUGCAGAGCUUGUUGAGAGCGCCGUCAUUUUCACUUACGGUUGCACAAACACCUUCAUGGAAAGAUUCGGCGCUAAAGCCGGUGAUCCAUGGUCAAUGAAACAAGUUCAACACGCUUCAAUAGCUGUCAUGUUCUUCUUCGUUGGCGGUUGCGGAUUAUUCAUGGAGUUACCACAAGUUAAGAAAUUCUUCGGUGGAUACAGAUCAAAUCAACCAAACUCAAACCCAUUCCCUGCUCUUGCUAUCGGUAUCACUGGCUUUGCUAUGGCGUCUCAUCACCAAGAAUAUGCGUUUGCGGUCAGCCAACAUGCGUUAUUUGGUAACUUACUUGCGUUGUUCGCUCUUUGCAGAUGUACCACUUACGCGCUCACUUAUAUAUCACCAAUUACUUCAGAAGCACCAACUAAGCCAAUAAGCGAAUUACUUGCUUCAUUCUUCCUCACCGCUGGUGGUAUUGCUUUCAUGUUCUCAAUUGAACAAUUCACUUUCGCCGCAUACAGACGCGGCUUCGCUCAUCUCAUGUUCUUACUCAACUUAGUUAUCAGUCUAACUGCACUUUGUAUGUUCUUAACGGCUCUCACUAUGUUCAUAAAGAGCUGGUCAGUCAGAAGAGAAAACCACAAGGGGUUACUCUUUGACGCUAACGAUGAUGGCAGUGAGAAUGGUGAUAUUCACCAAUCAUCACAACGUGUCUAAUGGUUGGGUGGUUUUUCCUCAACCAUAUUAUGAAACUUGCAUUGAUUUCAAUAUAGAUUACUUUUUCGCCAUCAUAUGACAAACAAUUUUCCGUUCAAUUACUUAAUACUUUUCCCUCUUGGAUCCUCAACAAUCUUUCUAUGUAAAAUAGAUCGAUUAUAAUCUCUACUCAGUUUUGAAAUGUAAUUUUCGUCAUAAUACUCUAUUCUGCCAACCAGAAUUAAUCUCAAUUACGUAAUUAUAAUUGUAGCCUUAAAAUUAUUCAUUGAUUUUCC